AUGUCCAUGGGCCUGGUAACACUGCUGUUGCUUCUUCUCUUGCUGGCGCUUGCAUGGCGCAGCUGGGGUGUGCAGGGCACUUGGAAGCGGGGCGCCCUGCCCCCCGGCCCCACGCCGCUCCCGUUGCUGGGGAACUUGCUGCUGCUGCAGUCAGGGCGACUGGACCGCACACUGAUGGAGCUCUCAGGCCGCUGGGGCCCGGUGUUCACCCUGCAUCUGGGCCCACGCCCUGCGGUGGUGCUGUGCGGCUAUGCAGCACUGCGAGACGCAUUAGUGCUGCAGGCGGACACCUUCUCCGGUCGCGGGGCCAUGGCUGUCUUCGAACGCUUCACGCGUGGCAACGGCAUCGUCUUUUCUAAUGGGCCGCGCUGGCUUACGCUGCGCAAUUUCGCACUUGGAGCCCUCAAGGAGUUUGGUUUGGGUACGCGGACCAUAGAGGAGCGCGUCCUGGAAGAAGCGACAUGUCUGCUUGAGGAAUUUCAAGCCACCAUUGGAGUUCCAUUCGACCCCAGGCGGUUACUGGAUAAUGCUGUGUCCAAUGUUAUCUGUUCCGUCGUCUUCGGGAACCGCUAUGGCUACAGGGACCCGGAGUUCUUGAGACUCCUGGACCUCUUCAGUGACAACUUCCGCAUCAUGAGUUCAAGAUGGGGAGAGAUGUACAACAUUUUCCCCUCUCUCCUGGACUGGCUUCCGGGCCCACACCAUCGAAUCUUCCGAAACUUUGCAGAGCUGCGGGUCUUCAUCUCUGAACAAAUCCAGCGGCACAGGCAGACACGGCAGCCUGGGGUGCCCCGUGAUUUCAUAGACUGCUUCCUCGACCAGAUGGAUAAGGAACAGCAGGACGCGGAAAGCCAUUUUCAGGAGGAGACUUUGGUGAUGACAACGCACAAUCUUUUCUUUGGCGGCACGGAGACCACAAGCAUCACUCUGCGUUAUGGGCUGCUCAUUCUGCUCAAGUACCCAGAGGUGGCAGCAAAGGUGCAAGAGGAGCUGGACACCGUGGUAGGCCGGAUCCGCCUACCCAGCCAGGCGGACCGCGCUCGCCUGCCCUACACCAAUGCUGUACUGCACGAGAUUCAGCGAUUCAUUAGCGUGCUGCCACUGGGCCUGCCGCGUGCCCUCACCCGAGAUGCCCACUUGCACGACUACUUCCUACCCAAGGGCACUUCCGUGAUUCCCCUGCUCAUGUCAUCGCACCGCGACCCAACUCAAUUCAAGGACCCGGAUUGCUUCAACCCUACCAACUUCCUGGACGACAAGGGCAACUUCAGGAGCAAUGACGCCUUUAUGCCCUUUGCUCCAGGAAAGCGGAUGUGUCUGGGUGCAGGCCUGGCGCGCUUGGAGCUCUUCCUGUUCCUUACAGCCAUUCUGCAGAGGUUCCGCCUGCUCCCCGUAAGAAGCCCUGCCCACCUCGACCUGACCCCACAAUACACUGGCCUGGGCAACCUACCCACAACCUUCCAGCUCCACCUAGUGGCCCGCUGA